CCGGGCGGCGGCGAGGAUGCAGCACCCGCUGGAGCUGGGGGCCGCGCACUACUUCCCGGCCGAAGCCUUCCCCGACCACCGCUCGCACCGCUACCGCAGUUUCAUGAUUGAGGAGAUCCUCACGGACCCCCCCGAUGCCAAGGGCGCGGCGCCUCCCGGGGAGCUGCUCAAGUUCGGGGUGCAGGCGCUGCUCUCGGCGCGGCCCUACCACAACCACCUCGCCGUGCUGAAGGCGGAGCCGGCGGCCGUCUUCAAGUUCCCGCUGGCUCCCCUGGGCUGCUCGGGGCUGGGCUCGGCGCUGCUGGCCGCCGGCUCGGGGCUGCAGGGCGGCUCCGCCUCUCCACACCUCCCGCUGGAACUGCACCUCCGGGGCAAGCUGGAGCCGGGCGGCCCCGAGCCGGGUAGCAAGGCCAAGAAGGGCCGCCGCAGCCGCACCGUCUUCACAGAGCUGCAGCUCAUGGGGCUGGAGAAGCGCUUCGAGAAGCAGAAGUACCUCUCGACGCCCGACAGAAUAGACCUGGCCGAAUCGCUGGGGCUCAGCCAGCUCCAGGUGAAAACCUGGUACCAGAACAGGCGCAUGAAAUGGAAGAAAAUAGUGCUGCAGGGGGGAGGCCUGGAGUCCCCCACCAAGCCCAAGGGCCGCCCCAAGAAGAACUCCAUCCCCAGCAGCGAGCAGCUCUCGGAGCAGGAGCGCGCCCGGGACGCCGAGAAACCGCCCGAGAGCCUGGGCUCGCCGGCUGAGGUCAGCCAGGAGGAGUGAGGGCACGGCCCGGCCCCACCGCCGCCGCCGCCCGGGAGCGCGGGGACCCCCAGCGCCGCGCCGGGCCCCGGAGCGUGCUGCCCCCGGGCGGGAGGAGCCCAGCGCGCAGCGGCCCGGGCGGUAGAGGACGGGGGCUGAGGGCGGUGGGGCCGCUGCCGGAGCACACCGCGCACAGCUCGGCCCCCGCCUCUGAGACCCGCGGUGCGCGGCGGCCGGGGGGCACCGGGUCCGCCCUCGGCAUCGCUCGCUGCGUGAAACCCUGUGGUGCCCCCAGUUACUCGAAAACUGCAUUUUAUGAUCGGUUUUAUUAACGCGAAGAUAUUUACUUUAUUUCAAUAAAGUAUU